UGAACAAAUAAAAAAUGAGGAAUGGAGUGAUUUAAGAGAAAGUUUAUAUGAAGAUAUUUCUUUUAAUAAUUUGAUUAAUGAAAUAUAUAAAACUCAAAAUUCAACGCUAAUUCCAUUAAAUAAUUCAAAAGCAAGUUUGGUUUCAUUUUUGGAAAGAAAUAAUGAAUCUAGAUUUGUAAAAUUAAAAAAUGAAAUAAAUUUUUUAAAGAAAUUUUGCAAAGAAAUUAAAAGGUUUAAUAAACGUGAGGAUGAAAUUAAAGAG